AUGAGAAAUACCUGUUAUUUCCCAUCACGAGUUCGACAGAUUUUCAGUGAUUUCGCAGUAAUGAUUGCCAUUGUUAUCAUGACAUUUGUUGAUAUGUUUGUUGGUAUCAGUACUCCCAAACUUAACCCAACAUGGGAAGGGCGUGGUUGGUAUGUACCACCGUUUAAUGGUAAUCCAUUUUGGACGGCAUUAUUCUCUUUCAUACCAGCAAUACUUGCAUGUAUUCUCAUUUUCAUGGAUCAGCAAAUUACUACAGUUAUCGUAAAUCGUAAAGAAAAUAAGUUAAAAAAGGGUUAUGGUUACCAUUUGGAUUUAUGUGUUUUAGCAUUUCUCAUUCUUUUGGUUGGUACACUUGGAUUGCCCAUAUAUGUGGCGGCUACGGUACUUUCAAUAAAUCACGUUAAUUCAUUGAAGCUUGAAUCGGAAUCUCGAGCUCCGGGUGAAGUUGCUCAGUUUAUUGGUGUCCGGUAG